UCGGGGGACAGCGGUGAACUUUACCCUGAAAAAAAUGGUGAAAAUGAGUGUAUUUAGGCUGCUGCUGGUGAAUUAAAUGACAUCGAGCAGCGUAGCGGAGCAGCCGCGACAUUAUGCCCGAGGAAGAGUGGCGUGACCGUCAUCAGAGAGAAAUAAAGGAUGUGAGAAGAGAAGAUUGCCAGUCGUAGUUUGUCUUUGGACAAUUUCCAGAUGAGUGAGAUGGUUAGCAGGUGGUGGGGGUUUAUGGUGCAGCGAGGUCGUCAGAACACCACCUGUGGCUGAGUUAUAUCUUAAUGUAACUGUCUGGUGGGGAAUGUUUCUCUUCUGAAGUGACAUACAACCUCAGUGUUAUAUUGACUCCAUCCUCCCUGUCACCAUGGACAAGAUAGUCUACAGCAUUAUACACAUGCCAAACCAGCCAGAUAAUAUCAAAAGAGCACUACUGGCAAAAUUGGUUCAUACCCCUAAUUUAAAGACCAAUAGAACCCUAGAGAAAGCAGAUGUAAUAUCCAUUUUUGACACAUGUGUGGAGAUUUUAACCUUGUAUGAAAAUGAAGGUGCUGCCCAGCUUGCUGUGUUUGCCUUCAGCAGCUGGGCUGGGCAUUACAAAUCCCACCUGAGAGAUUAUGUCACACCAGAACGUGUGACAAGCAUCCUUGCAAGUCAAAGUAAUGCCACUUUGCUCCUUGUAUGGCUGAAGGAAGCUCUCUGCCAUUUGAAUGAAGAUGCAGAUAUUAUGUGCACCUUGGCUCAAGUCCUGGAAGGAGUUUUGCAGAACAAGUUGCGGGAGUGUGGAGGCAGUUCUGCCUUCGUGGCCAAGCUUGCUGAUCUGUAUGCAGUGUGUCCCACACUCUUACCUCAGCCACACACUCGUCUCACCUUCACUGUUACACUUAUGAACUGCGUUGCUUCAUUUCCAACACCAACAAAAACAGAGGUUUUAGGCCACAUGAAGAGUGUGGGAGGCCUUGUCAACACGUUAUGGAAUGGCCUGCGACUCGAGGACAUUUUGUACUCCCUGAAUGCCAUGUAUGCUAUUAUUUCCAACACUGAUGGAGGAUCAGAGGUAUGUCCUGCCAUGGCACACCUACUCUCCCUGGUUCCUACUGUUGUGGUGGAGGCUCUUGCUCCUCGGAUUGUGUCCGAUCCCACAACUACUGAUGCUGCUCUAACUGCAACUUUAACACGUCUCACUGCAUGGUUGGUGACUUGGCCAACAGCUCAUGCAACAUUGGGCUUGUGGGUACAUACCCUGGUUAAGUUGUUGUAUCAGAGUGGACGUUCUACUGUGCCAGCACGUGUUACCUUGGAUGGAGUACCAAAGCUGAUGAAUGCUCUGCACAUCCCUGUGGUUCGCACUGGAAUUGUGUCUGUGAUAUCCACACUUCUCUUGUCAUUUCAACACUCUCCAAUAGCUUUUCAUAAGAUCAUUCCAUCAGUAACCGAUGUGUUUAGCCGGCUUGAGCGAGAGGGAUCACAGUCUGCAUCAACAACAUUGAGUCGCUUGGCAACACUGUGCCACACCCUCAUGUCUCUGCAUCCUGGCCACCCAGACACAUAUCAGCUGCUCAUGGAUAUUCUAAUGAAAUACCAAUCUCCGUCCGAAGAAGACAUACAGGGCUUGAUCCAGGAGCAUCAGUGGGCUUCAGCAGGAGGAGGACCUCGAGGAAUGGUUGCAAACCAGUAUGGAGUGAGCAUGGCUGCCGAGACUCGUGUUGUGUACCAGCAGAGACCCACCAGCCAGAGAGUAGGUCUUCGUAACCUUGGAAAUACGUGUUACAUGAACUCUGUCAUACAAGCUCUGUUUAUGACAGACAGCUUCCGUCAUGGGAUCCUUCAUGCUGUACCUCGUAGCAACCAGCAACUUCUGGUGCAGCUGCAACAGCUCUUCAGUUUGCUAUGCUUCACCCAUCGCAUCUACGUGGCUCCUCGUCAGUUUCACGACAAGUCUCGCCCUCCGUGGUUCAGUCCAGGCAUGCAGCAAGAUUGUUCUGAAUAUCUUAGGUUUAUGAUGCUUAGAUUUCAAGGCAUUAAUGAAAUGCAUGCAUGAGACGAGUCAGGUACAGAAGCGAGUGAUCUGGGAGAGAAUCAUCACGAGGAAUGGGGACCAGCCAUCUGGGACAUCUGACCAGCCUCUCCCUACGAUUCAGCAACAGAAGAUUUUGUGGACACGGAGCAUACACUGAAACUUGAGCCAUGUGGGGAAACUCAUGAGUGUUUGUUGAAACAGAUAGGGAGGUGGAUCCAUUAAAAAUUUACUCAAAAUACAGACAACAAAAAAUUUGAUGUUGCCAUUCAUGUGAGACAGUUUAAAGAGUAUUUGGAAGGAGAACCAAUGGAAGGAGUUCAUCAGAUUGACACAAAGACUCAUAGUGUCCAGUCCAUUAAACCAGAAGUGCUGUUAGAUUCAAAUGACAUUGAUAUGACAGAUGAAAGCAGUGAAGUAGUGAAGUCUGUUCAGGAAGCGAGUGAUCUGAGUGUAGAAAAUAUUUCUGAAAACAAAGCCACUGGUAAUGGUACCAGCUCAUCAGAGACAAUAGAAAUGGAACCUCUCCCUGAAAAUGUUUCCAAAACAGGUAAUUAUAAAAGGAAACAUAAUAUGACACCUGAGGGAGUCCACAGACAGAUGAUAAAAUCUCCCAAAGGAGACAUAACAUCAGACAUUGACAAUAGCUCAGACAGUGGUAUCAGUGGUGACUUGGCUGAGGAUAUUGAACUGCACAUUAACAGUCCUAACCCAAACAGCCCCUGUCCAAAGGAGAUAUUUGCAAGCAAGAGAGGUUUGACAAUUGAGGAAGUGGUAACAGAAACAUCUAACAAUGAUGAAUCAGAAAAUGAAUAUUUUGUUAGUUUAGUUCAUAAAGUAUUUGGUGGAAAGUUAGCAACUUGUAUCAAGUGCCUACAGUGUAAAACAGAGUCUAUACACAAAGAUGUUUUCACAGAUAUUCACUUAGCAUUCCAAGACUCUGACCGUUUUAAUGCUGCUGGUGCUCUGAGACGAAAUCCAGAUCGACUGUGUAAGCAGAAGCAACAAGAGAACCCAUCUGAUCUGAGCAUAGAAGAUUUGAUCACCAGCUAUCUUACCUCCGAGAGAUUGACUGGAGAGAAUCAGUAUGAAUGUGAGAGAUGUGGUGGUAAACAGGACGCUGAACGCUCCAUUCAGAUACUAGAACCACCAGAACACCUGAUUCUCACUCAGCUCAGGUUCUACUAUGACACGGCUCGAGGCCAACGACAAAAAGUAUUUACCAAUGUAGAAUUUGGAGAAGAACUUAUGCUCCCAAUAAGGUACUCCACACAGGGCUUGAUGGGUGACAAUUUUUCCAUUAGCUGUGAGGAAGAAGUUUCCAGAGGUGCAGUAGGUGUAACACAGGUGUCUCCUAAUGGUGAGAGCAGAAGACCUACUGGAGAAUUUUCAGAAACCACAAGUGGGCAUAGUAGCAACAUGUCUAGUAGGCAUAAUUCACAGACUAGUUGCAGCAUGCCAAGUAGGACGAACACAGAAGGAGGUGAACCCAGUUUGCACUGUUGUGACAAUGCAGUGUGUAAAAUAAAUUCUCAGGUCAGUUCUAGUGCACAUAAUGUGAAUAGUGAAGAAACUACUUGUAGUUCAUCUAGAGACAGUGGUUUACAGGCUAGCGAGUGUGACAAACAGCUUGAAAACAUCAGCAGCUCAGAUGCCUGCUGUGGUAGUAAACAAAUCAUUUGCAGCACCUCACAUACAGGGUGUAUUGAUAAUUCACAGGCAAGCUGUAGUUAUAUGCAGGUGGCCAAGAGCAGUAGCCAGGCAGGUUGCAGCACUGGCCAGGCAGGUUGCAACAGUUCUCAGGCAAAUUGUUCUGUUUCAGAGAGAGAGAGCAGCAUUUCAGUAGCCACCAGUAGUAGCUGCCACAUGAGCUGCCGUUCACAAGCUACCUCUAGUACUCACUUAGGUACUGCCAGCAACUUGCAAGACAGUAGCAAGUGGUACAGUCCAUGGCCUAAAGAUGGUUGUGACAAUGGAAACGGUUCACGUAAUAUUAACAGCACGUAUAGUAAUUCACAGCCAAGCUGUAGCUAUUCUGCAGAUUUUAAUUCGGAGGCUAACUGCAACUUCUCUUGUAGCAGUUCCAAGACCAGUUUUGUUAACACAUUAGUAGGUGACUGCCAGUUAUCUGGUGAUAACAGUUUACAGUGUACAGGCCAACUCUCCAGCCAGCAAAGUCCUCAGCCAGGCUGUAGUUACUUGCCCACUACCAAUCUACAGAAAGAAGUGUCUGUAGAAUAUCCAGUCAGCUCAGGAUCUUCAGACUGCAUGACUCCUAAAGAUGACUGUGAGGAAGAGCAAGAAGUGACAUAUGCAAGAUAUGCAUUGUAUGGGGUGGUGGUACACUCUGGGUUUUCGUCAGAAGGAGGGCACUACUACUGCUAUGCUCGUAACUCCUCAAUUGCCUCUUUACCAGAAUCGGCUAGAGAAAGGUAUGGGGCACUGGGAGGCUGGUACAACUUUAAUGAUGAGAGAGUGACUAACACCACCUUCUCCACUAUAAGCAACCUCACCAGAACUUUCAGCCGAGAUACUGCAUAUCAACUGUUUUACAAAAAGCUAAGUGAUUGUCUAACUCCUGAUGUUCCCUUGAUGGAAGACUUUCAUUCUCUUCGCUUGGAUCUUCGAGAAGCUGUUGAGAGUGAUAACCUCCAGUAUCGCAGUGAACAGGAUCGCGAGGCUCAGAGACGAAGGUACCAAGUUUCGGGUGGGACCCACUUCUCCCAUGACUCAGAUCAUGAUGAUACACCUCCACCUGGUGGUUGUGGGGUUGGACCUGGGGGUGGCGGGUUCAAUACCCCUUCCAGAGUUGUGUUUUAAGGACUGGCAUUAUGUGGAGCGUAGAGCAAAACCCUUGAUGUGGAAUAAGGCUUGUCCAGAAUGACUAGGUUAUACGUGGAGAAUGUGGGGUGUCAAGGGCUGUUAAUUAACGCAUGUAUAAAGUCCCAUUUGUUUUAGAAUAGGGCUUGUGUAAUAGAAAAGCAGCCCCAGCAUCUGGGAGCUUAGGAUGAUAUAAUGUACUUCACUGAACCUUGAGUGCCUGUUCAUGAAAGAACAGGCACUCAAGAAUUAUAGUAUCAAAUUUAUUAUUAUUAUUAUUAUUUAUUAUUAUUAUAUUUUAUUAUUAUUAUUUUAUUACUAUUAUUGUAUUACUAUUAUUGUAUUACUAUUAUUAUUUAUUAUUUUUAUUACAUGACAUAAAGUUGAGUCUCUGAUGGUACAGUGUAACACGGUAUAUUGUACAGUAAAUUAUUAUUAUUUGGGGAGAUGCAUAGCACUGGUGAUUCAGAAGAGGCACUCAUUAUUAAUUAAGGCUUACCAGAUCCCCAUCAUAGAUGUAGUGAAUGAGCAUUGUGCAAUUAUGGUAAAACUUUUUGUAUAUAAUUUGUCCCUCUUAUUGUAUUUUAAGCCUUAGUUGUUGCAGGUACAUUAAACCACUUGUAAUGUAGUUGAUUAGAGGAGAGAAGUACAGAAGAUUGGUUAUUGUGGCUACACAAGAAGUUUCAGCUUUCCUACAUGUACAGUACUGUACUUAAUAUUUAUUUGAAAUCCACAUUACCUGCGCCUGACUUCUUAUUAAUUUGGAAUGCAGCUUUUGCACACAUGAUGAAGAAUUAGCUUGGUCAUCAUAGCAUUAAGGUAAGUGAAGUUUACUCAUAAUAUAGGAAAACUGAGGUACCCCUUGUGUUAGCUAGAUUGAUACUUGUUGCAUGUGUGAGUUUCUAUAAAUACAAAAUAACAUUAUUGUGCUGCAAUUUUUAUUCAGCUCACAUAAGGGAAGGUUUUUCUUAAAUAUGCAUAGUUCGGUGUUAUUAUGUCUUUAUUUUCUCUUCAUUAUUUUUCAUGUCUUGCCUAUUUCCCACCAGGGGAUGACCCAAGAAGAAAACAAUAUCACAAACAAUAUCACCAUCCUUAGCUCCCUUUCCGAAAGUACACAAAUGAUCCAUUAGCUCCAGUGACCGACUGAAUCACAACAUCUUCACCAGAUUUUCAGUGUGUUAUUUAAGUUAAAGUUUGUUAAACUUUAGCUCUUGGUUCUUUCCCUUAACUUUUAGCCGAGUGGUGUGAAAAAAUGUUUACCACAUCUACAUUUGAACCCUUGUAGAGAGAUAUCUUGCAAUAACUCUCUGAAUUCUUUUUGUCUUUAUCACCUUGAUUGAAAAUAUAUUAUACAUCACACAAAUAACCCGCACAUAGAAGAGAGAAGAUUAUGACAAAAUUUCGGUCCGACUUUGAACAUUUACAAGUCACACACUCUGGCUUGUAAAUGGUCCAAGUUUGGCUGGAAUGUCGUCAUAAGCUUCUCUCUCCUAUGUGCAAGUUGUUUGUGUAUUGUUCCAGCCAUGGUAUUGUUCCAUUUUGUUGUAUAUCAUACAUCAAGUGUGGCUAACUUGAUAUUUGUGUCAAUCCAUGUCCUCUUGUUCUAAUUACUUCUAAGGUAGAAAGCUUAUCCUGUCUUCCCUGUCUGUACUAUGAUCAUAUUCCCUCUUGUUCUUCAUUCUUCUAGAGAAAGGUGACUUUGACCUCAUUCUUUGUUCAUAAUUUAUUCAACUUAUCUCUAGGCACUAGUCUGGAUGAACUUCUUUGGUCUAUCUUGAGUUUUGCAUAUUCAAGACUUUAUCUUUCCUAUUUUUAUUUAAGAAAUUAUAUUACUUUCCAUGUGGUUUAACCUUUUAAAUUGAACAAUAAACUGUUUGUGUCAGAAAGUAUCUUUCUCCUUCAUGUUGCCUUCACAUACUGUAUUGGUUCUUUAUCUUUCCCAUUGUCUGCUCUCUCUUUUUUUUUUUUUUUUUUUUUUUUUUUGUACAGUACCAAGUACAGUGGACCCCCGCUUAACAAUCACCUCCCAAUGCGACCAAUUAUGUAAGUGUAUUUAUGUAAGUGCGUUUGUACGUGUAUGUUUGGGGGUAUGAAAUGGACUAAUCUACUUCACAAUAUUCCUUAUGGGAACAAAUUCGGUCAGUACUGGCACCUGAACAUACUUCUGGAAUGAAAAAAUAUCGUUAACCGGGGGUCCACUGUACUGUAGUAUAGUUGAUAACUUGCUGCUGUGGGUUCUUUGUAUUUAAUUUUCUCCAUAUCUGAAUCACUGGAGGAGAGUAUUGUGCUGUGUCCAGUAUUGCCAGUUCAUCAUUUUCUCUUCAUUUUGUCGCUCCUAUGAUGUGGUGCUUAGGAAAUUUUUCAUUAUUGAGUCAGGCAGUUUUUUUUUUUUUUUUUUUUUUUUUUUUUGUUUGUGUGUGUGUGCGUGUGCGUGUGCGUGUGCGCGUGCGUGCCUCUGGGCCUCCCUGAAGAUACCAAUUCUUGUCAGCGUCUCCAUGGUUGAAAUAACAUAUCACAAAGCUAGCCCUUCAGUUUUUUGUGAUAUUUAUUGUUAUUAGAUUAUUUCUGUUAUAUUCUAGUCUGGGUUGCCUGUGGUUUGGUAGCAGAUUGUUAAUGACAGCCACAAAAACCAAGGAACCUUCAACUGUUACUGUUCCUUUUAAAUAAUCGAAAGUAAUUGCAAUCCAGGAUUGAUAAUUUUUUGAAUCUCCAGUUGUUCUUGAUUAGUAGUGAUGAUAGCCCUUUUCCUUUUCUCUGUUGUUGUCAGUAAUGGCAGCGAGGUCUGGGUUUUUUUUUUCUUUUUACUCGUAAAUUAAUUUUGUUGUAUAAUGUACAUUUUCAUUUGUGUUUCUUCUGACUUUCAUGUGCCUGAUUAUGGGGAAGGAUAGGAGGCUUGAGGGUGUUGUGGUGCCUUGCAGCUUGUGAGAGUGUGGUGGUGCCUCGCAGCAUAUGAGAGUGUGGUGGUGCCUUACAGCUUGUGAGAGUGUAGUGGUGCCUCACAGCUUGUGAGAGUGUGGUGGUGCCUCGCAGCAUUGAGAGUGUCGUGGUGCCUCACAGCUUGUGAGAGUGUGGUGGUGCCUCGCAGCUUGUGAGAGUGUGGUGGUGCCUCGCAGCAUGUGAAAGUGUGGUGGUGCCUCGCAGCUUGUGAGGGUUCACUGGUUUUUACAUGCUAGUAAGAGUCUGUGGGUUUUGGUCUAUGGCCUGCCAAUUCACAAACAUCAGAAUCAAAAUUUCACUACUAGAUUUAGAUUCUAGUAAUAAAACUUUUUUUUGCUUUAAUGUUUUAGGAUUAUCUUAAUGGUAAUCAUUCACUUCUUUGUUUGCAUUUAAGUUACUGACUGAGUUACUGAAAAUUUUCUAGGAGAAUCAGGAAUAUAUUGGUUAUCCAGAACAUAAAAUUUCAUAUUGAUCUGUGUGACAGUUUUGACACUUGAUGUCCUCUUAAAAAAUCAAAAGGGUCUUUAUUCAAACCCCAUGCAUUACAUUUUAUCUUAACACAAACAAUUUGUACAGAGAACUCCCAAAUAUUGGCAAGGCUUGGUAUUCACUAUGUUGAUUAAAGUAACCAGGGGAAAACUAUCUUCGUAUAUCCCUAUAUAGCUAUAAAUAUUUUUGUCCUUUUGCUUUUAAUAUCAGAAAUUAGCAUUCAUAUUUAGUGUAAAUACUCAGAGUUUUGUCUAUGCAGAAAUAACUGAUCAAACAAAUGGUCUUCAGUAAAUAAAAAUGAUUCCAUAAUGCAGAGUUCAAAGAUCAUAAUGUCAGGGAGAAGGCUAUAGGCUUUAAAAGUUGUUUGUAUAAAUAUAAACAGUCUGAGUGCUAAUUUUGUAAGGUUAUUUGGGUUGUUCUUGGUGCAGCUCUGUAGUAUAUGACUGUUGUUUCUGUCUCACAAGAAUAUACUGUAUUACUAUAUAUUUCGUACAGUGGAUGGUUCCAACAGUCAGGUUGGCUGGGCAGUAGAAGGUGCUACUUCCUCGGUGUUUUAUGUGGAUUUUGCUAAAAAAAAAAAAAUGUGUAUCACUGCUCUUGCAUUACUGUACCUUAAAUAUAUAACUUAAUGAUGACCAAUAUAUUUUUUCCAAAAAAAAAAAAAAAAUCAGAUUCUGUGUUUAUUACCUAUAUUUUGGAAUAAAAUUCAUGCAGGAACUAUCGUCAACAUUGGUAAGGCUUGAUAUUUGCCAUUCAGCUAAUAGUAACUGAGAAUUUAUUGCUGUAAAUCCCAUAUACAUACACCUAUGUAGGUACAAUACAUACCGGUAGGUUAUCACUUCCCAUUAUUUAGUAAAUGUAAAUCGUUCUCUACAUAGUCUUUUAUCACCAAAAUGUGUUCAAAAAUUAUUAUUGCAGGGAGAAUGCUUUAUGUAAUUUUUCUUUUCAUUCAUUAUUCUGUUAGGUAAAAGGACACAUGUGCAACUAAUGCAACAUUUUAUUGUGGCAACGUUUCGCUCUGCAAGAGCUUUCUCAAGCUCCUGGAGAGCAGAAAAUUGCCACAAAAAAAGUCACGUUGGCUGCACGUGUCCUUUUACCUAACAUAUUGUCGGUAAUCUACUGACAUUAUUACAUUUAAUAUCAUGACUCCAGAUGUGAUUCGUAAGAAUUUAUUUCACAGCUUGCUGUUACUCUCCAGCUCAUGUCUGGUUCUUGUGACUCAGUAGUAUGAAAUCAUACUAUAUAGAGUGAUACUGUAGGAAAAUGGGUAAAAAUGAGGGUGCUUGGUUAACUUUAACCUUAACUACUUGCUAGUUAUUUCAGGAUCAGAGGAAACAUUCCCAAGCAGUUUUGUAGACAUUUUGCUGUUAUAGUGUUGCAAAGUAACCUAGGAUACAAAAUUUGAUACCAGUCUAGCAAUACUUUUGGAAGAUGACAUUUUUUUCCACUUUAGUUUUUUGCAAGAUACAUUAUCCGUGGGGAUAUAGUUUUGGAGUGGUUGGUGCAAUUAUUUAAUAAAUGUAUGGAAGAGGGUAAGGUCUAGGGAUUGGCAGAGAGCAUGCAUAGUUCCUUUGUAUAAAGGCAAAGGGGAUAAAAGAGAGUGCAAAAAUUAUAGGGGGAUAAGUCUGCUGAGUAUACCUGGUAAAGUGUAUGGUAGAGUUAUUAUUGAAAGAAUUAAGAGUAAGACAGUGAAUAGGAUAGCAGAUGAACAAGGAGGCUUUAGGAAAGGUAGGGGGUGUGUGGACCAGGUGUUUACAGUGAAACAUAUAAGUGAACAGUAUUUAGAUAAGGCUAAAGAGGUCUUUGUGGCAUUUAUGGAUUUGGAAAAGGCGUAUGACAGGGUGGAUAGGGGGGCAAUGUGGCAGAUGUUGCAAGUGUAUGGUGUAGGAGGUAGGUUACUGAAAGCAGUGAAGAGUUUUUAUGAGGAUAGUGAGGCUCGAGUUUUUAUGAGGAUAGUCGCUGUAUAGCCCUUGUGGCUUAGCGCUUCUUUUUUGAUUAUAAUAAUAAUAAUAUGAGGAUAGUGAGGCUCAAGUUAGAGUAUGUAGGAAAGAGGGAAAUUAUUUCCAGUAAAAGUAGGCCUUAGACAAGGAUGUGUGAUGUCACCGUGGUUGUUUAAUAUAUUUAUAGAUGAGGUUGUAAGAGAAGUAAAUGCGAGGGUCUUGGCAAGAGGCGUGGAGUUAAAAGAUAAAGAAUCACACAUAAAGUGGAAGUUGUCACAGUUGCUCUUUGCUGAUGACACUGUGCUCUUGGGAGAUUCUGAAGAGAAGUUGCAGAGAUUGGUGGAUGAAUUUGGUAGGGUGUGCAAAAGAAGAAAAUUAAAAGUGAAUACAGGAAAGAGUAAGGUAAUGAGGAUAACAAAAGAUUAGGUGAUGAAAGAUUGGAUAUCAGAUUGGAGGGAGAGAGUAUGGAGGAGGUGAAUGUAUUCAGAUAUUUGGGAGUGGACGUGUCAGCGGAUGGGUCUAUGAAAGAUGAGGUGAAUCAUAGAAUUGAUGAGGGGAAAAGGGUGAGUGGUGCACUUAGGAGUCUGUGGAGACAAAGAACUUUGUCCUUGGAGGCAAAGAGGGGAAUGUAUGAGAGUAUAGUUUUACCAAUGCUCUUAUAUGGGUGUGAAGCAUGGGUGAUGAAUGUUGCAAUGAGGAGAAGGCUGGAGGCAGUGGAGAUGUCAUGUCUGAGGGCAAUGUGUGGUGUGAAUAUAAUGCAGAGAAUUCGUAGUUUGGAAGUUAGGAGGAGGUGCGGGAUUACCAAAACUGUUGUCCAGAGGGCUGAGGAAGGGUUGUUGAGGUGGUUCGGACAUGUAGAGAGAAUGGAGCGAAACAGAGUGACUUCAAGAGUGUAUCAGUCUGUAGUGGAAGGAAGGCGGGGUAGGGGUCGGCCUAGGAAAGGUUGGAGGGAGGGGGUAAAGGAGGUUUUGUGUGCGAGGGGCUUGGACUUCCAGCAGGCAUGCGUGAGCGUGUUUGAUAGGAGUGAAUGGAGACAAAUGGUUUUUAAUACUUGACGUGCUGUUGGAGUGUGAGCAAAGUAACAUUUAUGAAGGGGUUCAGGGAAACCGGCAGGCCGGACUUGAGUCCUGGAGAUGGGAAGUACAGUGCCUGCACUCUGAAGGAGGGGUGUUAAUGUUGCAGUUUAAAAACUGUAGUGUAAAGCACCCUUCUGGCAAGACAGUGAUGGAGUGAAUGAUGGUGAAAGUUUUUCUUUUUCGGGCCACCCUGCCUUGGUGGGAAUCGGCCAGUGUGAUAAUAAAAAAAACAAAAAACAUUAUCCGUACAAUGCUUUCACAUUUUGGCAUCAAACUCACGUUGUACAACUCAGUCCUCAGUACAUAACUGGAAAGGUAUUUAUCAUUUGUCUGUAUAGUAACCAGGAAAAAUGUAGUUUUCUCUUUUUUUAACACUUCAGCUGUCUCCCACCAAGGUAGGGUGACCUGACACAGAGGAAAACACUUCACUGUUGCUCAUUCAAACACCUGUCAAAGAUGGCCUACAAACUGCAACAUCCCCACCCCUCCUUCAGAGUGCAGGCACUGCACUUCCCACCCCUCCUUCAGAGUGCAGGCACUGCACUUCCCACCCCUCCUUCAGAGUGCAGGCACUGCACUUCCCACCCCUCCUUCAGAGUUCAGGCACUGUACUUCCCACUUCCAGGAAUCAAGUUCAGCUAAAAAAAGGAGGCCUGGUCACAGACCGGGCCGCGGGGGCGUUGACCCCCGGAACUCUCUCCAGGUAAACUCCAGGAAACUGGUUUUCCUGACUCCCUUCAUAAAUGUUACUUUGCUCACACUCCAGUACCAUGUCAGUUUAAAAAAACCACUUGCCUCCACUCACUUCUGUCUAACACUGAUACAGGUUUGUUGGAUGUCCAAGCCCCUAGCACCCAAAACCUCCUUUACCCCCUCCCUCCAACUUUACCUAGGAUGACCCUUACCCCUCCACUCCAAUUUUAUUUGCCUCCUAGGCAUCCUGUUAUUCUCUGCCCUCUCCAUAUAUACAGACCACUUCAACAACCUCUCCUCAGUCCUCUGAAUAACACUUUUGGUAACUUUACACCACCACCUAAUCUCCAAACUUGAAAUUCUUCACAUAAUAUUCACACUACAUAUUGGCCUCAAACACAACAUCUCUGCUAUAUCCAGUGUCCUCAUAACUGCAACAUUCAAAACCCAUGCUUCACAACCAGACAACAGUGUUGGUACCACUAUAUUUUGGUACAUUCCCAUUUUUGCCUUCACAGAUACCUCAGUGCAUCACCCACCUUUUCCCAUCAUCAUUUAUAUGGUUCACUUCAUCUCUCGUAGAACCAUCUGCCGACAAGUCCUAUCCCAAAUAUCCGAACACAUUUACUUCAUGCUUCCUCCCUCCAAUCUGAUACCCAGUCUCUCAUUCUCUAUAUUUUUUGAUACUCUAAUUUCUUCAAAUUUACAAGAGUUACAUUCUUAGAGGUCCUAUCGAAUUUAGAAACCAUGGAUACCACUAAUUGCUUUAUUGCAUAAAAAAGACUGUUAUGAAAUAUGGUAUAUCUUAGGUGUAAGAAAUCCAGUAAGCAUAUUUCCAACAAAAUUCUCUGGUUGGUUUUCAGUUUAGGGGUUGUGUACCAAACAAAAACAGAAUGGGCCCCUCCAGAUAAAAUAUUCAUAAAUGUUUGUGAGAGACCCUUCAAUAAAAAUGUUGAAUAUACCCUGUGAGUUGAAAUCCACAAAUGUAGCAUACAGUACCAUGAAUUUGAAAGGUCAAUGAUAUAGCCAGGUCCUCGCUUCCAAGACAAAAACUAAUUUCGUGAUUUAGUUAAAUUUGUUUUGUUAAUUGUGCAACAAGAGGAUGGAGCAGAAUAGGAUGACUAGAAGGAUAUAUAAAUUUGGGAUGGAGAAAAGUAGGGGGUCAUUCCAGGAUAGUUUGGAGGGAGGGGGUAAAGGAGGUUUUAAGUGCUAGAGGUUUGAACAUCCAACAGGCAUGUAAGUAUGUGUUAGUGGUUUUUAAUGAAUGUGCUGGUGGAGUGUGAGCAACGAAAUUUUUGUGAAAGGAUUCAGGAAAACCAGUUAGCCAGACUUGUGUCAUGGAGAUAGAAAGUACAGUGCCUGCACUGUGAAGGAGGUUGGGGGCUGUUGCAAUUCGGAAGGUCAUCUGAACUGUGAUGUCAGCUCACUUCUGGGAAGAUAGUGAUUGAGUGAAUGAUGGUGAAAAUUUUUCUUCUUGUUUCUUUCUUGGGUCACUCUUCCUUGGUGGAAGUCUGCCAGUGUGUUAAAAAUAAAAGAACUGAAUGCCAUAAUUUAUACAUUACUAUGCACAAUUAAAAUUUUUGGCUACAUAACUCAGAGAUCAAGUUAGUUGUUUUUCAGGUAAGGAGUGUGAAUGAACUAAGUAUUGUUUUUCCUGAAAGUAACAGUUGGUCUAUAUAAAUCUGGUACACUCAUUGGCAUGUCAUGAAGAAAUUCCAAGGGUAAGUAUGGCAUAGUUCAGCCCUUUAAUAGAGCUAAAGUAGCAUAAUUCAUGAAAAGAAAAGUCAUGGUCCCAAUUUCGGUGCUUAACAAAUAAAUGAAGUGAAAUGUUAGUAAAUUAUCAGUUAAAUGUAGUUUAACGGAACUUGUUUGAGCUUUCAUUCAAAAUGUUAUAAAUAUCAGGUUUGCUCUUUGAAACUUUUAAAUAAUUACCAGAAUAAUUUGUUUAUAUAUUUCAAAGCAGGACAGCUUCAGUUGCAGCUGUGAUCAAUAAAACUUAAUACAUAUAAUAGCCUAGUCACUUCACUAAAAGCCAUUUUACAGGUCCUUCAAAAUUACUACUGAAUUUUUACCAUUAGAUUCUUCACAUGUAAAAGCUCUUCAAGGUUUAUUCAGUGACGAAGAAAAACUUAAGGACAGUUAUUAUGUACAAUAGUAAUCCUUAUAAAGUAGUUAUUCUUUAAUGUUUAUAAAGUCAGUUCUGGUCAUUUUCUUAUAAAGUAAAAGUGUAUGAGGUAAGAUGGAAGGAGGAGACACAAUAAUGUGUAUGAGGUAAGAUGGAAGGAGGGAACACAAUAAUGUGUAUGAGGUAAGAUGGAAGGAGGGAACACAAUAAUGUGUAUGAGGUAAGAUGGAAGGAGGGGACACAAUAAUGUGUAUGAGGUAAGAUGGAAGGAGGAGACACAACAAUGUGUAUGAGGUAAGAUGGAAGGAGGGGACACCCUGAGUGGGUCUAUUGAGCCAUACAGGACAAACAUUUCCUUACCACAUAAUUUUAUUGUAAGUUAUUGAAAAUUGUUUUGUAAAUUCAUUUUAUAUAGAAAAACAUUCAAGUCUAUCAAUGCUUUUCAUAGCAUAUUAGAUUUAAGUAAAUCCUAUGCACUGUAUAUGAAUUUUGGAGGAAAUGCUUGAUUGUAAUUCAGAUAGGUUUGAUGUUGAGUUUGGUGCUAAGAGAGGAGGCAAGCCGUGUAGAUGCAGGGAGUGAGAGGCAGCUCUUCUAAUCUAUCUCAGCUAGAUUUAUUUGUUUAUUUUACUCAUGAGGUCAUCCAGUGCAUGGGGAAUGGGAGGAAAUCAGGUUUGAUCCAAGGAGGUGAAGGACAGCUUCAGUUCCCUGGAUUAGGAGCCCUUAAAACUAGCAUCCUUGAAGGGUAUCCCAGCAAGAACUUUUUCUGGCUACAAAUUCCUCUAACUGUAAAAGUGGAUUAUUACAGUUAAUACAUUAGAUUCACUUAAAAAAUGUGUGGCUUUCUUUUUGUAUCUAAAUAGAUUUGUUUAUUUUGAGAGAAGAAUGCAGUAUUUUGUACAGUAAGCAAUGUUUACUUUGCUUCUUAAUAAUAUAUAUACUCCACUGUGAUGUACAGUAUACUAUUGUAGAGCACUAACUCCCUUUGAAGAAGUCAGAGGUUAAAGUGUACUUUAUGGUGAAUGGAAGAAACUAGGUUAAAUAUAUCUGAGCAAGAAUUCUUGAAAUAAUUAGACUUUUUUUUAAAAGAAAAACUAAUUUUACUGUGUUAUACUGUUGUGGUUCAGCUAGACAUGCAGUGUAAAUUGUACAUUGAGGAAUGUGAUGGGUACACCAUUAACCCUUCUACUGUCCAUCACAUAGAACUAGGUUGUUGAGGACAGGCUUCCUCACAUAGUUCUGUGUCAUGAGCUCAGCUCACUCAGAUAAGCUGUGAGCAGUAGAUUUUGGACUAGAUAUGAGAGAAUGGGUCUGUGCAGGCAUGAAAAUAAUGCUGUCCCAUGCAGUACAUUAUGGGAAAAAAAUUGUGACCUUGUGUAUGGUUUUAUAAUAGCAACAUUGAGGUGUUUUUAUGGUUUUAUUGGCAGUUUCUUGGUAUUAUUUGAUAGAAUGGAAGAUAUGCUACUAAAUAAAGAUGGGUUCAGGACUGAAAUUGGCUUGAGAUUGAGCUCAGAGUAGUGGAAAUAUUCAAAUUUUGCCAAUAUUCCAGAGGAUUGGUCUGGCUCCUCUAUAACCCUGGUCUGUUUUAUGGGUUUUUAAUAGGUGUGAUUCAGUUAUUGAGAUACUGUAAUCCGUGACCAAUCUUUCCUGGUUAUAUUUUAUUAUCCAAGAAAGAGAGUAAAUCUAUUUUUGUGUGAAUAGAGCUUCAUAAUGGAAGGCAAGUGUAAUAUAGGAGAGGCCUGGGAUGUGACUAAUGAACAGAUAAAAAGUUGUUUUAGUGCCAGGAAUGUCUACACUGUUUAUUAUGGUCUCUGUAAGUUUUCCAUUUCAAAGGAUUAUUUUUUUAAAGUGGACACUGAGAGCAAUAUUAAUUUCGAAGGUCUGGACAGUGAAAGGGUUAACUGGUAAGAAGUAUACAUUGUUAUUAAUGAUCAGCAGUGUGCUGGAUGUUCCAUUAACUGGCAAGAAUUGCAGUGUCAUUAAUGACUAAUGACAAGCACUACAAUGUUACUGAUGAUCUAAGAUGUGCUGGGAAUUUCGCUAAAUCUGAAUAUUUUAUAUGUUUUCUCCGACACGGUGUUCAAAUUUUGACGUUUUGAGUUGCUGAUCUGGAGUGGAUCAAUGCUGGUUUGCAUUUACUGAAACUGUCAAAAUUUUUAAAGGGAUUAGACACCUUAUUUUUUUUUGUGUGCAUAAAUUAAAUAGUUCUGCUAUGUUAAAAUAUCUGUACAUUUGUGGAUCACAUUGGGUGGAUGAAAUCAUGGAAAUGCAUAUCUUUGUGUUUAUAGUAUUAAUCUCCAGGAACAGUAGAAUUAUUCACUCAGUAAUGCCAGGCCAGAAAAAUUAUUAAUACUGUACAGAAUCAGUACUGUAUAAUGAUUAUGUUCAACUGAUUAACUCAGGCAGUUCCAUAAUUAAGGACUUGAACAUGAUUAAGUUUUUAAUAUGCUCUUCAGACAAUCAUUCUGAUUGCUAAAAGAAUGCACAUACAGGACUUUUUAAAUAUUAUAGUCCAAAUCUUAAAGCUUGAAGGGGGUUUGAUCCCUGGGAAGGGUGGCACUCCUUCACACAGCUGGGUGCCUGUGGAUCACAGGCUCACAUUUGACUCCUGGGAAAUAACUUCCCAGUAUUUUGAAUCUCGACUUUAAAUUUAUUGCAACUUUUUUGUUUUUCGUCCAUUCUUAGCAGUAAAUUGUCACUCUUGACUUUACCUCUGCAACACUGCUUCUUUUCACAUGCUCCACAAUUUUUGUAUUAAUUAUACAUUCCAUAAUUUGUUGGAUGUUUUGAUAAUGACAUUGAAGGAGUCUUAUGUGCACAACCUUUCAUUAGUGGUAAAUACUUCCGCCCUAUACAGCACUGUAUAUGCCACGUCUGCCUAUAUUGAGCACAGUAGAAUCCCACAUGAUAAAAAAUCCCUGCCUCUAGACCACCUUGCUAUAAUAAGGGAUAUUAUUUUAAUUUCUUCAAUAUUUUGGUACACAGUAUUAAGACCACAUAAUACUGGUUCAGUUCUUAGUAGUGGUUGUAACUGAUGACCUUAACUAAGUACUAUUGUAAAGCAGUAUAUUGUAGGCAGCAGUUGCCAUAAUGAAGGAGUUUUGUUGAGCAUCCUUAUAAACCACAACUGUAUCUUCCAUGAUAUAUUCAUUUCUUAAAUAGUUAAAAUAGGCUUUUUUUUUUUAGGUAAUCUAAUUUCUUUUUGUUUUGCUACAAGAUGCCUCAGGUUGAUAGCUAAUGGGUUAAUCAAAAGUUUACCAUUGGAUUCUUUACUCCACAAAGAACAAAGUAAUGCAUCAUAUGUUAUAAAAAUUAAAUGCCUUUUGAGUCAGCAUCUUUUAUAUAUAUAUAUAUACUGUAAUUGUACAUGAAAAUUGGUCUGUAAAUUUCUUGCACAUAUUAUGAACAAAUAAAUCUUAGUUAUUUGUAAAAUAUUUAAAAAUAGAAAACAGAAAAGGUUUAAAUUUACAAUAGUUUAAGCAUUAAAAAGUAAAUGAAGGGGGGAGGGGGCAUGAGAAUCAUAAAGCAUAUUAACAGGGUAUGUAUAACAUCGUAUGGCAGGUAGUCUAAAAAGUAGAUGCAUGACCACAUGAACUAUGUAUGCAUUUAUAUUGUAGUGUGAUCUUCAUCUUGGGGUCGGGGGGGGGGGGGGUAGCCUAAUAUUAUGCUGACAGUGUGGAUGGUCUUCUUCCUGCCUCAAUGCAUGUUAUAAACUCUUCUUGUGUUAUUGAACGGUAAGUCUAAGGAAGUCUCAUUCGUGUGAAGUGUGUGCGGGACUCGCUCGGCAGACUAAACUGAAGUGUCGAGAGUUACUGCCAGGUUAGGAUUUGACUUUAAAUAUACUCUUUGCUGAGUUGGUAGGUGAAGUCUGUGAUAUGUAUCCUUAUGUAUUAAAAGAUUUUUGUUCAAAUAAACUUGCUAUCAACUUUA